CGCUUUUGGAACCAUUUUCGAACUUUUUUCUCGAGGCGUUCGAACGGGCAAUUUCGAACGAUGAACGAUCUCGAUAAUCGUGUCAACGAACGCAGAACGCUUGAAGUGUUUGAACGGCAAACGAACGGAUAAUGAACGAUAUGAAGGUCACACAUCAACAACAAAGUAAAUUGCUUCGCACGAGUGGCAAAUCACAACUGUAUGACUAUGAGUGUUACUGGUCUGCUUGCUUCUACUACCUAUAAUUAAGCUUGAAAGUGGUUCACCCAAUUGCAAGAAUUGGCAGUAGAAAAUGUUUUCACUCACUACCGGCGGUGUUGCUGUUAGUUUUGCUUUUUUUAUGUAUCGUUCAUGUGUAGCAACGAUCGGUGAAUACAUGCCUUUAUUCAUGGCACAAUUAGGAUACAGCUCAACAUAUGUCGGUAUGGUCCCUUUGCUUGGAUUCGUCACUCAAGUGAUAGGAAUACCGAUCGCAGGAUAUUUGUCUGACAAAUUUCGCAUAAGGAAGCAGAUGUUGCUUCUGGGUGUCCUUUUGUCCAUCCCUACCACUUUGCUUUUCUGGCACCGAAAGCGCCUGAUUUAACCUGCGAAAAAUCAUCAUCAAGAGAAAUCACAGAGUCAUUCGGAAACUCCAGUAUUGUUCAUAGUUCUAUAAUGAACGCAUCAUCUGCUGAAAAAAAUUUCGAAAAUCCUUUGGGGAAUAGCGAGACGAAAAACGACGGCGAUAUGGUAAAAUUCUUUUUGAUUAUACUUUUCUUGCGGGGUUUUUUCGAACUGGUUAAACGACUUUCUAUAACAUUAAUUACUGUAUCCGCUGUGACACAUAUUAAACACGAUAAAUCAAAAUUUGGAUUAUAUGCAUUUUGGGGUGAAUUCGGCGCUGGAAUUUCGCUCUUCAUCGUUGGGGCGUUGGCAGACCACAUAACCCAUUUGGUUUGCGGCCAAGAAGUCCCAGGUUAUUACGUUGCCUUUUUCUACGCGGCUGCGGCACAGUGUAUGACUUUAAUUUCUUUGCCUUGGUUGGAAUACGAGUAUCUCAAGAAACGGGUGGUCGAUUAUGAUGAAAUCAAGUCAGUCUUGUUGAAUCCUCAUUAUAUUCUUGUCCUGUUCAUUUGCGCGCAUGCAGGUAUCUGUACUGCGUUUCAAUUGCAUUGGGAAUUUUGGUACAUGCGACACUUGGGCGGCACGCCGGUUGUAAUGGUCGUUGGUGGUUUACUCAGACGGGUUCUAGUCGGUGUUUGGUACAUCAUAUCCCGUGUUAUCAUUGGAAAACUUGGCGAAUUGUAUGUUACAGCAAUUUCACUGUUUCUAUUUGCCGCCUCGUUUGCUGGUCUAGCGUUUACUGAAAAUGCCUGGCUGGUAAUACUCCUCGAUAAUUUUCAGUCUCUUUCGUUUGUCCUGACGCAUGCGUCUUUGGUGAUUCACUUCUCCAAAGCAGGAUCAAAGGCAUCAUCUGCUUUUUUUCAAGGUGUGGUGAACCUAACUUUUUAUGGAAUCGGGAAAGAACUUGGCUCCGCGGUUAUUGGAUUCUGCUUUGAUGAAUUUGGUACAAGAAUAACUUUCUGUGGUUUCUCUGUUGUCACUGUGGCUUGGAUGGCGGUGUUUACUAUUUAUAUCUUCUGUGCUAAAGAUGUUGAUAGUUACCAGGAGGUCCCACGGGAGGAAGAAUUUAGUGAUGAUGAUCGAGAAAUAAAGUGAAGGCGAUGAGGAGCAUCUGACUGAUAAUAUGCCACUGGCGGAUCUAGGGGAAAUCAGAAUAAGUUACACAGCUAAAUUUUAAAUUCAA